AUGGCGGUCGAAAGGCUUAAGGCCUUAGACCGAUACCUGGAGGAGCUCAAGGACUCGGCCGAAUUUCCGACGAUUUUGGAACAGCAGUGUUGCCAGCUCAACAAGGAGCUGAGAACUUUGGAGAAGUUGGAACUCACAGAUGCUACCCCCUUGGUGUCUCAGAUCCAACAGAGCCAACGUUGGACGUCGGCCCACAAGGAGACUUUGCUUGGCACCAUUCACAUGAAGGUGCAGGCGACGACCAGUCAGAAGAUAUAUCGCUCGCGAAUGCCGAUGCAAGAUUACAGCUUGUUUCCUUUGUAUCUAACCUCUGCUGACUGGCAGGUUGUUCAGGACAAGCAUGCCAAUGUGGUCCAAAGAAGCACUUGCUUGUUGAACCGUCUGUGGGCCUUGGGAAUGCGCACACUGUCUGAGCCUACAAUUGCUAUGAUCACUGUGGUUCUUCUUUUGUGCGAACCAGAGCGACUGAACGAUGGCCUUCAGCUACGUUCAAGCUACAUCACAGUCAAAGGGAUGGUCAAGCAGUUUUUGGAGGGGCAAGGAUCAGACCAGGCUUUGCCAGAAGUGCUUGUGAAGUUGCCGCCUACAGUGGGCGCUUUGCCUGAUGUGUUCUCCAAGGCUGCCUACGCUGAAGGAGAUCAACCUGGUCCAAUGCCUGCAGGCAUUUCCAUUGAAGGGCUCAAGUCGCUUGAAAACAUGGUGUCGCUGCGCAGCAACAAUGCCAAGCUGCUUCCAUUGCAGGACAUUUUUGCUUUGAUUGCCUGUAGUUUGGAGUGGUGUUUAGCGUGUAGCGGCGCAAUGCGAUGUGGAGCGGCUUCAGCUUCUUUUCCUCAACAGCAAUUGGCUUUGAUGCCUCCGGCAGUCACUCCUGUGGCGAUGCCUGCUGCUCCAAAUGUGGUGCCGCCUGAGACCAUGAAGCCUUUGCCUGCUCCAACAGCGGCACUCAAGGAGACCAACCUACAUCGGCUUGAAGUGGUUGCCCCUGAUGAUUCACCGAAGGAAGCGGAGAAGGUCAAAACCCCAGUGAAAGUGAAAGCGAUUGAAGACAAACCGAAAGAUGCGAAAGAAAGUGUUGUUGCAGAGGUUCCAAGUGCCACAAAAGCUGCUGAGAUGUUGGAACAGGCUAUGCAUGAUCGCGAAGACGACAAGAAGCGAGGAAAGGAGAUGGACAAGAAGAAGGGCCACGCUACCAAGACGGAGACGAAGGUUUUGAAGAGACCAGCUGCAAAGCAGCACAGCACAGCACCAAAAAUGUUGAAAAGACCAGCUGCAAAGCAGCACAGUACAGCGCCAAAAAUUUUGAAAAGAGAAGCUGCUGCUUGUGUGUCUAAAGUUGGUAACAAGGGGCCAAUUCCUAGCAAAAUGCUGCGUGCCAAAUGGCGACCCGAAGGGUGCAGCAAAUGCCGCUGGGUUCGUGGCUGUUGCAAUUCGUGCUGGGUAGGCAGAUUUUACGAAGCCUGGGACGCUGCCGAUAGCGAAGGGCUACUUGAUUUUUACGAUGCUUGGGACGUAGCAGAACCUUCUAGCAGCAGUACGCAACCGCCACCUGCUCGGGUACCCCGUGAAGAAGAUGAAGCUCAUAGGGCUGGGAAGGCUGGCAAAAGAAAAAGGAAGCUUCCAAAGCCGCUGAAGCCUAAGACCGAAGAGAUAGCUGAAGAAGGACAACAAGAUUCUGGGCCAGUUGCAGUUCCCAUCGUAGCCAACCGUGAGAGUGACACGGAACCUUCGUCUGAACAUGACGCCAGUGACAAGAAGGAGGUUGCAUGGUAUCGGUACCACAUGGCUUGGCAAGAGGUGAAGGCUGAAGCUGAUGUGGCUGAACCUCUGCCAUCACCCCAGGAAGACUAUGGCGUUUCGCAAGUGGCCGAAGCCGCGGUUCACCUCACGUUGGAGGAGCAAGCUGCAGCAAAAUGUCUGGCUGCCAUCGCGGAGGCUGUGGCUGGGACUUUGCCGGGUAACGAUGUGCCUGGCUGCCAAACAAAAGAUGCCUCUCGACCUCCAAUGCCUUUGAAGGUUCAAGCUCCGGCCAUCUUUGCCCAACCAGUGACGCCUCCCAAGACAAAAGCCGACCUGCAGAGACCUGUGACGCCUCCCAAGGCAAAAGCCGAACCGCGGAGACCUGUGACGCCUCCGAAGGCCACUGCUCCACAGCCACCGUGGGCUCAACCAAGGCUGUUGCCUCCACCGCCCAAGCAGCAAGCAAGUAGUUCAACAAGUGCCGCAGAUGCUGCAGCCCAACCUUUGGCAGGGACGACUGCCUUGCCUCCAAAAAGGCAUGCGUGGCCAAAGGUGCCAGGCCCGGAGCCUAAGCCUCAGGGCCCCCCUCCACCUCCACCUCCACAAGACAAUGUGCCAGAGUACCGGCAGGUGAAGCACAAAGCUGGAAAGCAGCAUGAAGGCUAUUUCUAUGUUUCUUGGCUGAUGUAUUGA